UUAUAUUUUGUAUAUCUUAAUAAAUAUUGGUAUUUUAAAUGUUAAUAGCAAAAGAAAAGUAAUUAAAAGGAGAUAAUUUUCUACAAUUUAUCGAAAUAUGAUUUCAUGUAAUAAAGAUAUUUUCGAUUGCGUGUGUACGCUUUAUGUAAAGUGUCUGCAAUGGUGCAUCGGUUUGAUAAUGGUAAAAAUAAUGUUUACAUGAAUGAUAUAAUUAGGCACAUAUGUAUAUCUAUAAUACAGUGAAUAGAAUGGGAAAACAAAACGGAUCUUGUUGGUGGUUUGUGAAAGCCGUAAAAUGGAUACCAGUUAUUUUCAUUUUGACAAUUGUCUUAUGGUCCUAUUAUGCUUAUGUAGUGCAGUUAUGUUUUUAUACUGUAGAUAAUUAUGUUCAAAAAGCUUUUUAUUUAUUUUUUUAUCAUAUCCUGUUUCUAUUAUUUUUAUGGUCUUAUUGGCAGACUGUAUUUACAGAUUUGAUAGAAGUACCAUACAAGUUUAAAAUUCCAGAUGUAGAAAUGGAAAAAUUUCAACAAGCUGAAACGGAAGAAGCACAAAGACAAAUCUUAGAGAGAUUUGCACAAAGUCUUCCAGUCACAAAUCGCACUAUAAAAGGAGUAAUUCGUUUUUGUGAGAAAUGUCAAUUAAUUAAACCAGAUCGAGCACACCAUUGUAGUGUAUGUAGUACAUGUGUUUUAAAAAUGGAUCAUCAUUGUCCAUGGGUGAAUAACUGUAUAGGAUUUCACAAUUAUAAAUUCUUCAUGUUGUUUUUGGCAUAUGCUCUUCUUUAUUGUAUAUUUAUUACUGCUACAUCUUUACAAUAUCUUAUACGUUUUUGGAAAGGGGAAUUAGAUGGAAUGGGUAGAUUUCAUCUACUUUUUUUAUUCUUUGUUGCAUUGAUGUUUGCAGUUAGUUUAAAUUCUCUUUUUUUUUAUCAUUGCUAUCUUGUUUUACAUAAUAGGUCUACAUUAGAAGCAUUUACACCACCUAUGUUCCGUACAGGAAAGGAUAAAGAUGGUUUUAGUCUUGGAAAGUAUAAUAAUUUCCAAGAAGUAUUUGGUGAUAAUCCUAAACUAUGGUUCCUUCCUAUUUUUACUAGAUACGCUACUUCUAAAAAUAAUAUAGGAUUACAUGAAGUAGAAGGUAGAGUGUGGGUUACAGUUUUGGCGAUGGGAUAAACUUUCCUGAACGGCUGUGCAAUGAAGAUACACAUACUUUGUUGGGACAUACUACCCAACAAUGGGGUGAUGAGACUGAACUUGACUCUCCACCUCCUUAUGGGUCACAAUCAGGUAUUGUGUAGCCUGUGAAUCCCUAUUUUGAGACAGUGCAUUAAUUUAUAUGCAUUGUCUAAAUAAAUAUUUUUAGUACAAAACUCAUAGUCAGAAGUAUUCUGCAAUCAUCUAAAUAAUUUUUUAUAUAUUAUUAUUGGACCACAGUUUUAAUUUUUUUUUAUAAAUAAGAAAUAAUUUAAUAUCAUUGUCUUAUGAAAAAAAAGAUAUAACA